AUGAAGGAUUCAAAAGCUUUGGGAAUUAUUCAAGGUGCUAUUACUGAUCAAAUUUUCCCAAGAAUAGCAAAUGCAGAGACCUCGAAAGAAGCUUGGGAGCUCUUGUACAAAGAAUUCCAUGGUGGAGAUCAAGUAAGAUCUAUAAAAUUGCAAAGUUUAAGGAGAGAAUUUGAAUGCACCAAGAUGAAGGAUGAUGAAACACUGUCUAAUUACCUUAUAAGACUAAAUGACCUAAUAAACCAGAUGAAAACGUUUGGAGAGACACUGUCAAAUGAAAGAAUGGUUAAAAAGGUAUUAAUCAGCUUGACAAAAGCAUAUGAACCUAUCUGUUUGGUGAUAGAAAAUACUAAGGAUUUGACAUCGGUGGAAUUUCAAGAAGUAAUUGCAAUUUUGAAGAGUCAAGAGCAGAGACUUGACUUGCAAGUUACUGAUUCCAUAGAGAAAGCAUUCUCUACAUUGUCUGUGAAUUCCAAAAUACAAAACAAAGGAGUAACACAAGCUAAUGUAGCUAAAUUUCAAAAGUCAUGGUCUUCAAAAGAGAAGAAAUGGAAACCUAAACAGAAAUUUCGACAAAGGUUUCAUGGAACUCAAAUGACAAACACACAUGCUGCAAACACUGUUCACGGGGGGAAUAGAUGGCAGGUUGGAGGCAGUCAAGACAAUUCAAAACCACAAUGUAAAACCUAUGGUUUAGACACUGGGCAAGGAAAUGUACAAGUGGAAGGAAAUCAGAUGGAAUUGACAGGGAAUAUGUUUUAUGCAGCUAGUAAGACUGGUGGCUCAAGCAAAAGCAGUGAAUGGUACAUAGAUAGUGGCUGCAGCAACCAUAUGACAGGAAAUAUCAAUUUAUUGAUUGAUGUUAAGAGAAAUUUGUUUGGACAGGUUCAAAUGCCUAAUGGAACACUAGAGAACAUAGCUGGGAAAGGUACACUCGUGAUUGACACUGACAAGGGAAAAAGACAUAUCAAAGUGGUACUGCAUCUACCUGGUUUGAAAGAAAACCUCUUGAGUGUUGGUCAAAUGGAAGAGCAUGGCUAUUAUCUGAUAUUUGGUGGUGGAAUGUGUCAUGUAUAUGAUGGACCUACAUCGGAAAAUCUAGUUGUGAAAGUUGAAGCAAAAACAAAUCGAUGCUAUCCACUUACUAUAACAUCGAGAAAGUAG